GAUUCCCAGAAGGCGAUGGGGCCAAGGGCUGGUGUGCUCUUAGUGCGCAUGCGCCUUGGCGGGCUAGUUUGAUUUUUCGUCUGAGGCGGCGGCGACGAAGAAGAAGAAAUGGAAGCGGACGAGGAGGGAAGCCAGAGUGCAAAAGACAUCCUUCUAAAGAACAUGCACCAGCAGAACACCUCUCCAGGAAACCAGCCUUGCUUUGAAGAUGGGAAAGCCUCCAUUAAAGCACAGGGAAACGGGCUUUACCAAGAGAAAAUGGAGACUGAAUGUUUUGACAAACCUGAAAACCCUGCUAAUUUCAGCUGUGGUCUCCAGGUUGAGACAAGAGCCAGUCACUCUGGACUGUUAGCAGAGACUGGCAAGGAAGAUGGGCAUCUAAGCCCUUCUCUGAAGAAUGGGGAUUUCCAUGGCCCUGACCCAACAAAAGCACCUCCACAGACUCCUGGUUCUGACACAGGGAAUGAUUCCACCUCAUUUAAUGCAACCUUUGGGCAGUUGCCUAGUCGACCCGAGGCACGACGUUCCUUGAGUCGGUACAGUCUGAAGCUGGGCACGGAUCGACGAAAGUCAUUGCCUCCUCUUCAUUUGGAUGUCCCUGAGCUGAGUAAAGCCAUCAGCUUGGACUUGCCAGAGACUGAGAGAAUGGCAGCUCUGCUCCUUUCCAGUUUUCAGUAUGCUGCCCACAAACUCAAGUGCUCCUUAAGAGAAACUGACAGCUUUAAUAGUGAAACUUUUGAACAAAAUGUCAACAAGUUAUCAGAAGAGUUGAGAUUCUGGACAAGGAAACUGCAGCUAGAUGGAACUCUGCAAAAAUGCUUUGAAGAUAACAGAGCGAGUAAGCCGGAUCCUGCAUUUGAGGCAUCAGUAUCUGUCUUAAAAGAGAAAAUGGCCAGGUUGUCUGAGGAAAGUCAUGCUUGGGAUGAAGUGCUUCACAGUUAUCAGAAAAAUGCUGAGGAUGUGGCCAGGCAACUGCAGCAGUGUGAACUGAAGCAAGGACCAGAGGACCCUUCAAGCUACCUUGGGACAUCCCAGGCUCAUGUGCUUCAAACCAAACCAGAUUACCAGAAAAUAGUGGAUCGUGAAGGAGAUGUCUUAUAUGACAUAGAGAGAGUGCUGGAUGAAAUCAAUCAAAUAAUCAAGGUGUGUCAUGUUUAUAAGGAAGACAUUGCACUGUAUCUUCAGCAACUAUCAGCACAAUUUGCAUUGAAGGCUUCCAAUAAAUACACAAACUCACCUGCCCGGAAAUUGCUCCGGCUCUUCCAGACGAAGCUAGCUUCACUUCCGCCUCCAGAUCGGUAGAGGCAGUUGUAUUCCUGUCCCAGCUGUGGGCUUGGAUAUGGUCUCACUGUUGCUUGGUUCUCAGUACUCUUUUCCUGCUCUACUCUUUUUCUUCUGCUUGGUGUGAGCUAUGCCUUUGCCCCUGAGCUGGACAAAGGGACAUUCAAAAAAUAUUUGACCAGUACUUUUUGGUCAGAUAUUUGAUUGACAAUGUCUCUGUUUUUGGAAACAAAUAAGAUGAAAAUUCUUCUUUCUCAGCUCAUCCUUUGUGGCUCCACUAGGCAAACACAAUGCACUUGGACUGGUAGAAUAUAGCAGAGAAAAUAACCUUUACUCAAAUUCUAAUUCCACCAUACAACAGCAUAGUAUUUGAGUCUUGGGUUUUCUUUUCUUUCACAAUUUCAAAAAGAAUAGGCAAUAGGAGCUUGAACAUUUGGCUUUUGUAUCUUAUCCAAGAACCAAAGUUAUCCAAGAAGUAAACAUUGGAUGCAACUAUUGAGGACCCUUCCUCUAUUCAACUAUGCUAGAAGCAGAAGGCAAAUGAUCUUCAGAGUGAUGAAGAUGACACAAAUCUCUAUUGAGCUGUCACUGAGAAAGGUUUUAUUUUUUAAAAUAAUUUUUAUUAAGUUUUCUUACAAUUGUAUAUUUAAAAGUAAGAGGUUUUAGGAUUGAAGGUGGGGUAGAAUAGGGAAGGGGGGGUCGGGAAGAGGGGGUAAAAGUGGGGCCGAUCCAGGACUAGUGUUGGUUGUGGAAGGGGUUGCUUGGGUUGGGGAAAGAAAAAGGGGAUCUGGGGAGGGAGGGGGAGGAGAGGGGUGAAGAUUGUGAAAAGGGUUUUUUGACUUCCUCAAUCUUCUUCUCUCUGGUUCCAUAUUUUUUUUUACAUCUUUCUUUCUUCUGAAAUUGCUUCUUCCUCUUCUUUUGUGUCUUGUCUAGCUUUAUGUACUAAUAGAUAUUCCUCAAAUAACUUCCAGUCUGUUUUUUUCAUUGGUCUUCCAUAUGAAUCCUUUAGUGCAAAGGUCAAUUUAUCCAUAUCUUUAAUUUCAAUGAUUUUGUUUAUCCAUUCUUCCUUAGUGGCUACUUCUUUCUGUUUCCAUUUUUUUGCCAGAACUAUUCUUGCUGCAAUAAUACAAUAAUUGAACAAAAUGUCAUUAUUCUGGACUGAGAAAGGUUUUAUGAAUAUGUUUGUACUCCUACCUGAAACAGUAGAAGCUCUGUGUUUGUACACUGAUAUUUUGUGUAUCUUGCCUCAUGCACUUUCUUUGGUGUUCUGGUUUCUAUUUUAAAAUAAACGUAUUUGCAGUUAUGGUUAAA